GCAAAACAGAAAAGGGGAAGAAGAAGAAGAAAAAGAUGAAAGCAGAAGAAAGACAGAAGCAAACAAAAACCAAUUCCUCCCAACUCCCAACCAAAAAAGCCCUAUCCCCGUCCCCGCGUCUCCAUCUGCCUCGUGCCACUGGUCCUACGCGCCAUCGAAAUUCGCAAGAUCUACAUUUUUAAUUAUCUAUAUACAUACAUACAUACAUGUACUCAAUGUAGUUGUAGAGUGACUUCAUGAUUCUCACGUCCCCAGCCAGCAUCCAAUCCCCCCUCCUCAUUUGCCCAAUUCUUGAAUCCAACUCCACUACAGCUAUUUCUUUCCCCUGAUUUCUUGAAAGCCCACUCCCCUUAUCACUUCAAGACUCGGUCAUCAUCUUCAAACAAUAUUAAAUUCUCUUUCUUUAUUGCAAAGAAAUCAUUUUUUUUUUCUUUUGAGUACCCAUUUUCAAGGAACCCAUGACAGAGGUCCUCCACUCUUCAUCUCCUUCUUCGCCUUCUGCGUCUCCUCCCACGAUAUCCACACCAACCCACACCCACACUGGGUCAUUGUUUCAGGCGGGGGCUUUUGGGGAGGAAGAGGGAGAAGCCAAGGGCGGGGUUAAGGAGAGGGAUCAGCUGUCUUUGUUGGCUCUUUUAGUGACUUUGUUCAGGAAGAGUUUCUGGCUGGCUUGCAAAACGGAUAGGGCGGAGCUUUGCGGUACUGGUGGCGGUGGUGGUGGUGGUGGAGGUAUGGAGAUUGGAUGGCCUACUAAUGUGCGCCAUGUGGCACAUGUUACCUUUGAUAGGUUCAAUGGAUUCUUGGGUUUGCCUGUGGAGUUUGAGCCUGAGGUCCCCAGAAGGGCCCCUAGUGCAAGUGCCACUGUAUUUGGAGUGUCAACAGAAUCGAUGCAAUUGUCAUUUGAUUCCAGAGGGAACAGUGUUCCAACUAUUCUUCUACUGAUGCAAAGGCGUCUUUAUGCUCAAAGGGGCCUGCAGGCAGAAGGGAUUUUCAGAAUAAAUGCAGAGAAUAGCCAGGAGGAAUAUGUAAGAGAGCAAUUAAACAGAGGAGUAGUUCCAGAAGGCAUUGACGUACACUGUCUGGCAGGCCUUAUAAAGGCUUGGUUCCGUGAACUUCCAAGUGGGGUGUUGGAUUCUCUUUCCCAGGAACAGGUAAUACAAUGCCAGUCUGAAGAGGACUGUACUACACUAGUGAGACUUCUCCCCACUACUGAAGCCGCUCUGCUGGAUUGGGCCAUCAACUUGAUGGCUGAUGUUGUCCAAGAAGAACAUCUUAACAAGAUGAAUGCCCGCAACAUAGCAAUGGUAUUUGCUCCUAACAUGACACAGAUGGCAGACCCGUUGACUGCACUGAUGUAUGCGGUUCAGGUGAUGAACUUCUUGAAAACGCUUAUUGAGAAGACAUUACGAGAUAGAAAAGAUUCUGUCGUAGAACCAGCUCCAGUUUCCAACAUAGAGCCAUAUGGCGAAGAUGGUCACCAGAAUCCUCCUCAAUUUGUCCUGGAAGAAACAGAUAACUCAGCCGAAUCGUCAGAGCAGAUGUUCACUAUUGAAGAUCCCUACACGGAGAGUCUUUCUGAUUCUAAUCCCGUUGGUAACCUCACCGAUGAAGAAUAUCUCAGUUAUUCAGUUUCAACCGAGGAAUCUGAAGAAAGCGGCUCUUCGAAAUUUGUUCUCGACACUACUACUCCCAUUGCUAGAGAAGUCAGUGAUUUAGAUAGCCAGAUGUUCAAAGAGCAGACGGAUAGCAAAUUAGGUCAGUCUAGCGAUUCGAAUCAGGGUAAAGGCCCUGCGAAAACUGAUUUGGUGCAGCAGACAGGUCAGUCUCUAGGAACUGAAAACAAAUGCAAAGGAAUUAGCAAUUUGAGCCGUAUCAAUUCCAUGACAGAGCGGAUCGAAGCCUGGCGGUGAAGAAAACGUCACUGCAGCAGCAUCGCACCCCUGACUGAAUUGGCGAAACGUUUCCUCUCUGUUUGGCCGUGAAAAACUGUGAUUUGGUAAAUGUAUUUUUAUUUUAGCGUCGAGUGGUUGGUUUGGUUUUAACUCGGUUACAGUUUCACGUGUAUAUUAACAAGAGUCUACUUGCUGAAUACUAAAUUUCUGAACGUCUCCUUCGGCUUACGCAAUGUGUGAUGAUUUUUCCUCAUCAAUGAACUAUGAUUGCCUGUAUUUGUGAAGGACAACUUCCCUAUUACUUUUCUUCCAAUAAGCCAAAAUCAUUAAUUGCCAA